AUGGCCUCGGUCCUGGUCCAUAACUCCCUGAAGCCCGGCGGGCCGGUGCCUUUUGUGCCUCGCGAGGAGGGGAAGGUCUCCUGGUACGCCUGUGGCCCGACCGUGUACGAUAUCGGUCACUUGGGACACGCGCGCAAUUAUGUCUCCACCGAUAUCAUUCGUCGCAUCAUGAUGCACUACUUCGGAUACAACGUCAACUUCGUCAUGAACAUCACCGACAUUGACGACAAGAUCAUCAUCAAAGCGCGCAGAAAGCGACUGUUCGAGCUCGAGAAGAAGAAAUCCUACUCCCCCCAAGAAAGCCACAACCUCGGUCUGCAAGCCCUGCGCGCCUACGCGACAUCCAACCUCCCUCUGUUGCAACCCUCGAACGACCCCGUCGACGAGUCGAACUACGAAUCUCGAAGAGAUGCGGCAUACAGCCAAGUCCUUAAUGGCGGCACGUUAACCGGAGAGGGCAAGCCGGGGGAUGCGGAGGCCAAACUGAAAAUGCACAUCAACAACAUGGAUGCGGCCGCGCGAGGACUCCGGGAGGGCAAGGGUUUUGAAGGCGCGGAGGAGAUUCUCCUACCAUACCUGGACUCUCUCUACAAAGAAACCAUCGACAUUAACGACCAAACCAUCUUCACCGACCUCACGCAAUCGAUGGAAAAGGAAUUCACGGCGGACAUGGAUGCGUUGAACGUGCUUCGACCCGAUGCCUUGACCCGAGUCACCGAAUAUCUUCCUCAGAUCGUCACUUUCGUCCAGCGCCUCGUACAAAAAGGCUACGCUUAUGAGACGGAUGGGUCCGUUUACUUCGACAUUACGGCAUUCGAGAAAGGCGGGAACACCUAUGCCCGGUUGCGCCCGGAAAGCAAGAACGACAAAGCCCUGCAAGAGGAGGGAGAGGGCUCUUUGUCCAAGGCCUUGGGUGGAAAGCGCGGCGCCGGUGAUUUUGCGCUGUGGAAGAAGUCGAAACCCGGUGAGCCCUACUGGCAGAGUCCGUGGAGCGACGGUCGACCGGGUUGGCAUAUCGAGUGCUCCGUCAUGGCGUCGGAUAAGCUUGGCGAGCAGAUGGACAUCCACUCGGGUGGUAUUGAUCUGGCCUUCCCUCACCACGAUAACGAGCUGGCUCAAAGUGAGGCGUUCCACCGCUGCGGCACCUGCGAGCACACAUGGGUCAAGUACUUCUUGCACAUUGGACAUUUGAGUGUGUCCGGUGCCAAGAUGAGCAAGUCGCUCAAGAACUUCCAGUCGAUUCGCGCCGCCCUGGAGACGACAUAUUCCCCUCGGAACAUGCGUAUCGUUUUCUUGCUGGGUCGCUGGAACGACGGUGUCGAGAUCUCGCCUGAUAUGCGGAAGCACGCAGACGGCUGGGAGGCUACCCUCGAUAACUUCUUCACGAACAUCAAGGCCCGGUCCGCCGACGGAAUCGAAGCUCUGUCCUUGUCGGAGAACACCGAUAAUGAACUGACGGCGAAACUGGACCAAGCCAAGAAGGAUUUGGACGCAGCUUUCCGCAACUCUUUCGACACUCCCGCUGCCAUGCAAAUCAUCUCGAGGAUUGUCCGCGACGCCAACAUUUAUAUAGGUGAGACCAAUGAUUUGCGCACGGUGCAGACGGUCGGUCGGUGGGUGACGAAGAUUGUCGGCAUUCUCGGUCUCGACGCCGGCGCCCAGCCGCCAUACGAGGGUCUCGGCUGGUCAGCGGCUACCGCAUCCAACGUGGAUCCCCAGACAGCCGUCAAGCCUUUCGCCGCUGUAUUCACCAACAUCGUCGAAGAAGUCAAGGCGUUUGGCGUGUCUGAGCCCUCCGUCCAAGAUCUCUUGAACCAAUCCCCGGCAACCGAAUUCGCCGAGUUGGAGAAGAACGGUGAACGGAACGCGGAAACCCUUGCCAUGCCCUACGUUCGUGCAGUGUCUCGUCUCCGUGAUGAACUGCGUCGUCUCAUCACUGCCGGAACUCUUGAGCCGAAAACGAAGUCGGCCGUCAUCGCUCUUGCCGACCGUAUCCGCGACUUCGAUCUUACCGACAUUGGCGUACAACUGGAUGACCAGAGCGACCGGCCCAGUUUGAUCAAAUUUGUUCCCGCUUCGAAGCUCAUUGCGGCCCGUAACGAAAGAGCUGCCCUGCUCGCUGAGAAGGCCAACCAGAAGGAGAAGGCCCGUAUUGCCCGAGAGAAAGCCGAAGCGGAGAAAUGGGAGAAGGCCAAACUUCCCGCGCAGGAAUUGUUUAAAAACGACCCCAAGUACAAAGAGUGGGACGCCGAUGGGCUCCCGACCAAACUGGCGGACGACAGCGAAGUCCCCAAGAGCCAGUCCAAGAAAUUGAAGAAAGAAUGGGACCGACAGAAGAAGCUAAACGACGAAUACACUGCCAAGUUCGGGGCUACCGCUUAG